CAACACCAUGGCUAUGCUAAACCAUGAAUUUAGAAUAGCAUGGUUUCAUUAUUUAAAAGUCUAACCUCUGACCCAAAUACAGCAAAGGCCACUUAGGCUCAACAUGAACCUCUACUCUCUCAUCUCCACUCUGAUUGGACGAAACAGGCCGCUCAGGAACGCGCAAACAUUGACGUGGUUGCUUGUGUUUCCAGGAGAUUUUCUCAUAAUGCACCCGCAGACCUCUCUUGCUUGCCUCAUGCCUAUUGCGCGUGCCCGUCUAAAUCUGUGCCCCGGACCCUAGCAGGGUGAUGCGCGUGCCCGAACCUGACUCGAUAAUUGGGUACAGCGGAAGUUUAGCAUUGGACUAAUAUACAAUAUAUAAAAUAUCCUAACAACCUUGUUCGAUUAUUAUCAGUGUAAAAUAUGAAAACCAUUGCCUGGGAAAUCAUUGGAAAGGUGCAUAGAAGGUGCAUGGAAGAGGAUUAAGCCUUUCUAAAAGCACUGGCAUUGCACAUCAAGAUCACCAUUCCGCUAGACGAGGAGAAUAAUUACUGGGGUUGUAUAUUGGUUUGAAGCAUUGUUUUGCAGACCAAUUAAGCUUGUCGAUGGAUUAUAAACAGCAUUGCAACUUUAAUACAUUUGGUCAAUUUUAACGGAGGCAGUCUGGAUGGCAAUCUGAGCGCGCAACGAUGCCAUGCAUCACCAUGCAUUCAUAGAAAUUUGAAUUAUUCUCCCAUCUCUGGAUCAGCGCACAGUUAAAUGAGAAAAUAUAAACUAAAAGUAGCGUUGUUUGUUGUUUUUCGUUUAGAUGUGGUUGGCCUCUCGCGAAUGUGUUUACGUUCUUCAUCUGAAGGAUUAGUAUAACAACAUUUAUUGUGGGCUAUAUGUAGCUCGAAGGCAACUGUACGCUAAUAUAAUUUUUGGGAGAUUCAUCGGGCUUGCAAUACAGCCACAUCAUGUAUGCUGGACGUAAAAGGAGAAAACCAGUCCAGAGAGCGGUGAAACAGCCCCCAUCAGAAGGGGCCAAGUCGAACCCCUCCAAGCGCCACCGGGACCGUCUAAAUGGAGAGCUGGAGAGGCUGGCCAGCCUUCUGCCCUUCCCAGAGGAGGUCACCACCAGCCUGGACAAACUCUCCAUCCUCCGCCUAAGUGUCAGCUACCUCCGGGCCAAGAACUUCUUCACUGUAGCCCUGAAGAACUGUACUUGCAACGGAGAGCUGGCCAAUGGUGGUAGCGAUGACAACGGCAAAGCCACGGGAUUGGCCGAUAGUUGGCUGCCUGAAGGCGAACUCUUGCUGCAGGCUCUGAACGGCUUCAUCCUGGUGGUCACUAAUGAUGGGACCAUUUUUUACUCCUCUCACACCAUCCAGGAUUACCUGGGCUUCCACCAGACUGAUGUUAUGCACCAGAGUGUGUAUGAGUUGGUUCAUACUGAGGACCAGCAGGAGCUGAGGAGUAACCUCCACUGGGCCCUCAACCCACCUGACAUCGUGGCCCCUGUGACCCCACUGGGAGAGACCCCCUCAGAUGCGGAGCCGGACAGCAGUACUACUGCCACUGUGACCUAUAACCCUGAGCAGCUCCCCCCAGAGAACUCCUCCUUCCUGGAGAGGAACUUUGUGUGUCGCUUCCGAUGCCUCCUGGACAAUUCCUCUGGCUUCCUGGCCCUAAGUCUGCAGGGCAGGCUGAAGUUCCUGCAUGGUCAGAACCAGCGCCAGGAUAACGGGGGCAAGGCGCCCCCCCAGCUGGCCCUGUUUGCCAUCGCUACGCCCCUCCAGCCCCCCUCCAUCCUGGAGAUCAGGACCAAGAACAUGAUCUUCAGAACCAAACACAAGCUGGACUUCACCCCCAUGGCCUGUGACGCAAAGGGGAAAAUUGUGCUUGGGUAUACUGAAGCUGAACUUCGGGUGCGAGGUUCCGGCUAUCAGUUUAUCCAUGCAGCGGAUAUGUUGUACUGUGCUGAGAACCAUGUCCGAAUGAUGAAGACAGGAGAGAGCGGUCUGACCGUGUUCAGACUCCUCACCAAGGACAACUGCUGGAAGUGGGUCCAGGCCAACGCCAGGCUGGUCUACAAGAACGGCAAACCGGACUACAUCAUCGCCACGCAGAGGCCUCUGAUGGAGGAGGAAGGGGGCGAGCACCUAUGUAAACGAUCCAUGCACCUCCCCUUCACCUUCGCGACGGGAGAGGCCCUGCUCUACCAGUCUAACCACCCAAUUGCACGCUUCAACGACGGUGCCCAGGGCUCUGAGAAUAACGUCAGCAAUUCCAAGAAGGGACGGACUGACAGGGUCUCCAGGGAUGGCCUGGACCCAGGCUCCCUCUUGGGGGUGCUGAUGAGUCAGGAUAAGUCUGUGUACGUCUGCCAGCCGGCCCUGGAGCCCAAGCUGUCCUUCCACAGCAGUCUGUUUGGGGACCGGGUCGGCCUCUCUGACUCCGACCCCACUGCUUUGCUCCAGGGCUGGGAUGAGUCAUCCAAUGGUGUAGUGGGUCCGGGUCUUCCAGAGCCGGCGUCAAGCUUUGAUCCACUGCUGGCGACCCUAGACUCCCUGUCCCUAGAGGGUCAGGGGGGUGUGGUGGACAGGGAAGGGGACAGAGGCAACGGGGAGGCCUGUUCCAAUGGGGAGCUUUUUGGGGCUCUGGAGGGCCUGGGACUGAGCGCCGAGGACCUGGAGCUGCUGCUGCUGGACGAAAGGAUGAUCCAGGUGGAGAUGGACCCUGAGCGGGUUCCCACCCUGGAUGAUCUGCUGACCAACGACGAAAUCCUCUCCUACAUCCACGACUCCCUGGAGGCAAAGACAGACGCGGCAGAGGACGGGGACCAGGUGCCCUCCACUAUCCCGGGUACAACUGCCCCAAUAACGACGACAACAACAACAAAGGCACCUGUUGAAAGUAAUCCCACUUCUGCCACCAAUGUGCACUCUCAAUACCUUCCUCAUAAGUCUUCCGUAGUGGGGCAGGCACCCAUAGUUCAGCUUUCCCAGAAGAUGCAGCAGUACCUCAGCAUGCGACCAGGGGUGGUGGUCCAAGACUGGGCCCAGCAUAACAAUCACCUGCCCCAUCCUGUGGUGCAUGGACUCCAGGGGCAGAGUCAGCCCAUACACAAUGAACAAUGGACAUCCCAGCACAUUCUAGCCAGUACAGGGGUCCCGGUUGACCACUGUCACACCCCCCAGUCUCUGUUCAAUGGAAUGGCGUCAGAGCCGGAUGGGGAUCUUCACCGGCGGCAAGCCGACCAGCACCAACACUACCUCCAGCAGCAUCAACAGCAGGACAUAGUCCAGAGCCAGCUCCCUCUGUGCCAUGCCAAACAGCCGGACACCAAUCUCAACGGAGUGUAUGGCAUUCCAAACACACACACAGAGCAUCACCCAGCUGGUAAACAGCAGUGGCAGGACUACAGCUACAGCCACCUUGGGGAAACCACCCUGAACAGCAACCCCUGCCUCAGCAAUGGCCACAUACCUCCCGUCACACAACCCACCGUAGACGCUUGUAUGAAUUUCACUAUGGCUGAUAAUCCAGGCAUGGAUUAUAUCAUCAACGAAUGCUCGUAUGGGGGGAACGAGGAGCAACGGGGGACAGAGGCCGCCGUUUCAUCCUACCAGAGGAUGAACCACAAGCAGCAGCAGGAGCAGCUGCCCCCUCCCUUGGCUCAGGUGCUGUCCAGCCUCUCGCAGUGCCCUCCGCCAAACGCUACCCUGGAGCAGAUCCUGGGGGUUGGACAGUCCUACAGACAGCUGCCCUCACUGGAGGCCUAUGACAUGGUAACCUCUGACAUCCCUCACGACCCCAACCACAGUAAGAUGGAAAAUGGCUGCAUUUUUAACGGGACCUACUCAGGAGGCUGUGUUCUGCCCAAUGGGAAUGGUGUGGUGCCCUCUAACGGCCAGCUCCCCUGCCCUGACACUUUAUCCAGCCUCCCUGAUGCCCAGUCCUCUGGCUUUUACCUCUGACUGGGGACCACCAGGGGACACUGACUGACUGACUCAAGAAGGGUCACAACCAACCAUCCUACCACUGGACCAGCCUUGUACUGUACAACUAGUUGAUAACAUGGAUCAAAAACAAGACGUAGGCCUAAAUGUUUUCUGUACUUUUUGUUUUGUUUGAUGUUUUAUAAUAACAUAAUUAUCAUUUGAGUCCUUUGUUUAUAAUAUGCUGUCAGAGCGCUAAAGUUGAGUUUUAAUACGUUUUUUUUUAAAUAGCACAGAGAAGUAAAUGAGAGUCUUUUAACUGUUGUUUCUGUGUUUUUCAUGUUUAAAAAAAAAAGCAUUCUCUUUUUCCUCCCAUUUGAAGUACAGCAUGGUAAUUGGUAGUCAAGGAGACACUACCUACCCCAGCAUGUAUAGAUGCUAAUGGCACCAUCAUCUUUAUGAUUUGUGACACAUGACAUCAUCAUCAGUGUUACGAGUUGUCAUACAAUAGGAAUGUAACUUUCAAAUGCAAAGGUCAAUGCUCAAGUUUACUGUAAUGGGUAAUGUAAUGAAUUGUCUUAGAGAAUGAGAUACGUGAUGUCAAGUAAAAAAAGGUUUAAAAAAGGUUUAGAAUAUCUGAAUUUGGUCUAGAAUAUCCUGCACUUUAUUUCAACCACCCACUGAUGCUGAUACGGAAGUCGGUCGGGGAUACCAGGGUUAUUUAGGUCCAUUUUUUAUUUUUAUUUUUUAUGUUUUAAUAUUUAAGGUGGCUGUUACUGAUGUACGUUGGAGAAUCUGUAACAAUAAUUGUCUUUUUUUGUAAAAAAUAAAUGGUAUUAUAUUUCAGGUGAUGGGUUGAUGUCCUCACAGGCACAUACACUUCUAUACAAUUGUCAUAAUAAUAUUUAUUUCACUUGAAUUAUCCUUUUGAUGUUGUCAUUGACAUCUUGUACCUCUGGGUUAGAGCUUGUCCAAUACUAAAGUCAACUGUGACUGAACUAGCAGAAGACACUCAUUUGACCUCAGUAUUUAUUUAUUUUACAACAAUUACGUUUUCAUCAAUUGUCAUUCAUGUCCUCUAACAUACAAUACAUUAGAGGGUAACAUCUUGGUGAGAGAGGAAGUAUAUUGUCAGAAUCUAUAGGUUUCCAACAACUAUUCCGGUCUUAAGAUGAUGAUCUAAUGACAGUUCACUGACAGAUUUGUAAACAUUGAAAACCAAACGUGAGUAUUAUAAGGUCUCUUCUGGAAGGAUACAAUUUUGAAUGUUUUAUGUAAAUAGUAAAUGAUUGGGAAGUAAUGCUGAAUAGAAGUAUGUCAUCAUUGAGAUGCUGAAAAGAGAUUUCUCCUUGUAGUUGUUACAAUCAUUAUUGUCAUUAUUAUUGUUAUCAUUAUGAGUUUGAAGUUGAAAUGUGAUACAAGUGGUUACAUGUUUUCAGAAUCAACUUUCUUUUCAACAUUUCUUUUUUUUACUAUGAAAAUGUUUGAUAUAUUUAACAUGAUCGAUGUGACCUAUUAACAAUGUGAUAAAAAAAAUUGUACAUUAAAACAAACAAUGGUUUUGAGAAAUACAGGUAUGUAAUUAGGUUCUGUGUCAUUUCACUUGUUUUAAGCACUAUUUUUUUGAAAACACACUGCUUCUUCAACUCUUGUAUUGACUGUUUUGAUUGUACAUAUACUGUACUUACUCUCAUGUCACUCUUCUGAGAUUACAACAUUGUGCCAUACUACUGACACUCAAGGAAUUUAAUGUUUUGAGAACUUUAUUUUGUCUUUUACGUAGUCACAUUGAAUUGACAUUAACAUGCUAACAGGAGCAGGUGCAGAUGUUAUAAUGAUAGAAAAUGGAUACAUUUUUACCCAUGUCCUUUGACUGCUUUUUUGAAAUGUAUCCCUUUGGUCCUUUGAAAUAAAGGACUUCUGCAAUCACA